CAGCCGCCGAGCGGAAUUAUUCACAGUUAGAGCGGGAGGCCCUCGCUUUGGUGUUCGGUGUGUCGAAAUUCCGAACAUACCUCUUGGGAAGGUGUUUCACGCUCGCGACUGACCAUAAACCCUUGUUGGGGUUGUUUCAUCCUGAUAAGGCCGUACCGGCGAUGGCCGCGGGGCGGAUCCAACGGUGGGCUCUGCUGCUGGGGGCCUACAACUACGUCAUCCAGCACAAGGACGGCAAAGCCAAUAUUCCGGCCGACGCACUCAGCCGGCUUCCAGCGUCUGGAUCAGCACCCCCUGAAUCGGCGGAAGACGAGGAUGGCUGUGGCAAGACCCCGGCCAUGCUGCUAAUGGGAUACGAGCUGCGCUCAAGGCUAGAUAAUGCGGUCGUACCCCCACCAUCACGAGUCAACGAUCGGAACGACACUUAUACCAACAAUCCUGUCCACACAGGGGAACCAGUAUGGGUGCGAAAUUUUGGAAGAGGUGAACUGUGGACACCAGCUAUCGUACAGACCACGGACGGCGCACGCAUGGUCACCGCCGACGGCAACGAGGGAGACGUCCUUCACAGACACCUCGAUCAAGUCAAGCCCCGGCUUCCCGAGAGUCCACCGGAAAGUGCUUCCAGUCCGUCACGUCUCCCGCCGCCGGAGGCAGCGCCAGGCCUGCAGCGACCGACUCGAACCAGGAGAGCCCCAGUGCGGUUUUCCCCCUAG